UGUAAUAUAAUGAUUCCAUAUUUUAGGUGAACAUGGCGUUGCCGUGUGAUAACUUCUAUGAAUUUAAGAGGUUGCUGACGACGUUUCGGGACAAAGACGACAAGGUGAUAUACAACCUUAAUGCACUUCUUCCAACAGCAUCAUUUAGUGAUAAGGUAGAUGCAGCUACAAACUGUCAGAAGUUCAAGACAGAGCUGCUGGACCUGCAUCAACAAAGAGAGCAGAUGAUAAACAGUUGUCUGGAGUUUCAACAGAACAAACUCGCCUCCGCCUCAAACGAGACGAAGCGUCCCAUCCAGCGUGUUAUAAGAUCACUGAAGCAGGAAGCAAGCGUUGAAAAAAUUGUGAAAGAGAGGAGUAACGCUUUCUUUCAGACAAAAUGUAACCCUUAUAUGAAUUUUAAUGCAAGUUUGUAGUGCCUUAAUAUUCACAGAAUUAGAUUUGUCAAUUAAACAUGAGCUGUGCCUUCUUUUCCACUAACUAAUAUCACACGGCAAUGUUUCCAGUGCCUCCGGGGUCCUUUUUCUUGUGACUGUUGAAUUAUGGAUUCCUUGUUCAGAUAUAGCUUUAGUGACCGAACGUAUCUGACUACUUUAUAAAAUCCAGCUUUAAUUCUCGUCACGUGUUUGUCCCCAUCAGUGCUAAGUGUAUUACUGUGUAUUUCUAAAGUUCCUUUAGUUUAUUAAAUUAUUAAUUUUUACA